AUGGCACCUAAAGGGAAUAAUAUGAUACCAAAUGCUCAUUUCCACAAGGAUUGGCAAAGACGAGUGCGUACAUGGUUUAAUCAACCUGCUCGCAAAGAGCGCAGACGUCAUAAUCGGUAUAAGAAAGGUAAAUUGGUAGCACCUCGUCCAGUUGCUGGCUUAUUGAGACCUGCGGUACGCUGUCCUUCGGUUCGGUAUAACAGAAAAGUGCGAUUAGGACGGGGGUUUACUUUAGAAGAGUUAAAAACAGCGGGCAUAAGCAAAAAACAUGCUCGUACAAUUGGUAUUGCUGUAGAUUAUCGACGUACGAAUCGGUCGUUGGAAUCUUUGCAGUUAAAUGUGAAGCGUCUAAAGGAGUACAAGUCGAAACUAAUAUUAUUCCCGAAAAAACUGAGUGCGCCGAGGAAGGGAGACAGCACUGUAAUUCUGAUGAAGGAGCUGAAUUUCCAGGCUGAUGAACUCAAGUUAGCUACACAAUUGCGUGGACCGAUUUUACCGAUCAAACGAGUCUCUUGUCAUGAAAAGGCUCGUGCAAUCACUGAACAAGAGAGAAACUUCGGGGUAUAUUGUCAUUUACGUCGUCUUCGUGCAGACAAACGUUUGAAAGGUUCUCGUGAUAAAAAAGCUCGUGACGCAGCUGAGGAAGGUGUUGGUGGUGGGAGACGAUAA